GGGGCGGGGCCUCGCGGCCCGGGCGGGGCAGGCCGGGGACCUGGGCCGCCACCUCGCGCCGCGCAGUGGCUUCCCGGAGCGCGUCCUCGUCGCUGAACUUUCCAGAGCAGCAACCACCACAGCAGCAAUGGCCCCGCCUUGGGUGCCCGCCAUGGGCUUCACCCUGGUGCCCAGCCUGGGGGGCUUCCUGGUCUCGUACUACGUCCGCGGGGAGAGGCUUCGCUGGUAUGCCAGCUUGCAGAAGCCCACGUGGCACCCGCCCCGCUGGGCGCUGGGCCCCAUCUGGGGCACCCUCUACUCAGCCAUGGGGUACGGCUCCUACAUGGUCUGGAAAGAGCUUGGAGGCUUCUCGGAAGAGGCUGUGGUUCCCCUGGGUCUCUAUACCGGGCAGCUGGCCUUGAACUGGGCAUGGCCUCCCAUCUUCUUUGGCAGCCAACAAAUGGGUUGGGCACUGGUGGACCUCCUGCUGACGGGUGGGCUGGCAGGAGCCACGGCCGUGGCCUGGCACCGGGUGAGCCCGCCGGCCGCCCGCCUGCUCUACCCGUACCUGGCCUGGCUGGCCUUCGCAGCCGCCCUCAACUACUGCGUGUGGCGGGACAACCGAAGCUGGCGCGGGGGCCGGCGGCUCGGCGAAUGAAAGUGCACCGUCCUCUGCAGACCCCAGCUGCUGCCGAUCAGAUGCUGCCCGGGGUGGCGGCCCAUGUGCUUCUGUGGCCGCCCAGCCUGCGGGUCUGUCGGGUCUCGGCCCCAGGGGUCACCACCAGCUGCAGAGGUGCCCCAGG